CAGUUGGCAGACAGGCGGCAUGACGGAGGAGAAAUGCCCCCAAUUAGUGGACUACUUUGUGGUGGCAGGGCUGGCUCCGGGGGGCUCGGCCCCACUGGACGAAGAGGGCCAGCAGAGAGGGGGCCGGGCGGUGGAGCCGGUCACAGACCUGGCGGUGAUCGCCCGGGGCUUGGGGGAGGAGGUGCCCGAGGGCUUCACCUGCAUCGAGAAGACCCAGGGGGGCCACUCGGCCGAACUGAGCGCCGGACUCAUCAACAACCCCCACAUGUACCUGUGUUACCGCCGUGGGCAUGACAAGCCACCCAUCCUCGACCUCGGGUGAGACACUCCAGCAGUGAUGAAAACAAUGACCAUUCUAGUCAGACAUUAACCACAACAUCAAUGUAAAGCUAUGAAUGGUGCUUGGAGUUCACAUACUGUAGCUAAUGCAUAACAAUGCUUUGAGCUUGCAUUAUGCAAUUAUAGACAUACCGCAUGCUGUAACCAUGCACGUCUGACCACAGAAAGGUUUCAUUGUAUGCUAUUGCUAUGUAGCCCUAAACCACCAUAAUCAUUAAAUUAAGCAUGUCUGGCCAAGCCAUACGUGGCUGCAAAAUGUAAUUGUAUACAUACCCAUCGAUUAUUUAAUGGAAAGAGCCAUGUACGUCACAUGAUACAUUCAUUCUGGACAAAGUGUGGGAUGUCUUCUAAACAUGAAAAGAAAAGCUUUCCUUGAAUGAGUGAUAGAAAUGGGUUUAUGUUAACUGGAUAACUAGUGACAUUGACUGACUCAUUGUCCUGACUUUGCCCCCUCCCCCCGGUCUCCAGUGUGCUGUACGAGGGCAAAGAGGUGGUGAAGCAGGGCUGGUACGUGAUCGAGACCACCCCCUACAGCCGCUCAGCCAGUCUGAGCUCCGGGGGCCCCACCACCCACCGCACCUUCCUGACAUACCGCCGGGCCCCAGAGUCCCAGGCCCUCCACACCCUGGGGGUCACAGACAUCUCCCUCCUGCUGCCCAGCAAGGGAGAGGUGGCCCCCCACACCUUCUGCCGGGUGGAGAAGAACCUCAACACUGGCAUAGUGGGUUUGAAGCGCUACUGUUUUUCUACUCUGUAUUUUCUGUUCUAAUUCUUAAUCUCUCUUGCUCUCCCUCAUUCCCUCUCUCUCACUGUGCUUUGUUGUGUUUGCUCCACAGUGGGGUCCAGCAUUAUACGUGUGCUAUAAGAGAGCUGUAGCCAAAGCCAACGCCCUAGUCUAUGAAGCAGGUGAGUGUCGACUGCUCCAUACCGAUGGUAUCACAGCUCUCAUUCUGCUGGGUCUCCAUAUGUCACAGUGUAAACAGAGAAGGCCUAUUGACCUACUUCUCACAAUUAAAGACAUUUAGAAGUAGAAAGAUCUACCAAAAUGAAAGUAUCUCUGUAGUCACUAAUCAAAAUGGUACUUUUAUUAACUGUCUGUCUCUGUGUGUGUGUUUCCUAGGUCUGAUCAGUCGGUAUCCCGAAGCGGACGUGGAGUCGUUCCCCCUGCCAGAGUCUGUGCCUAUGUUCUGUCUGCCCAUGGGUGUGACGGUGGAGAGCUGGCCCCUCAACACCAAGUACCAGCUCCCUGUCUUCUCUACCUUCGUCCUCACCAGCGCCUGUGGUGACAAGGUGGGUCCGCCUGUCUGCCUCCCUCUCACACACCCUCUCCAACACUCUUAACACUGCACAGUGGCUGAUCUAUUGAAUCCAGUAGGUUAUGUAUUAAGCUGUGUAGGAAGGUUCUCUGGAUAUAAUAUCAGGUGAAUGUAUAAUCAAUUUUAGCGCAUUGCAAGUCACCGGUUUACAGUUCAUUUCAACAAAUGACAAUAACUUAAGAUGUCGUUAUUUGUCAGACAUUGAAAUACUUCACUCCAUCCAUGAUGCCUGCAGUAACAGUUAUAAUCAUAAUGGUAAUAGUAAAGUUUCCUAAUUCGUAUUAAAUCCAGACAACAAGCAAAAAAUGUUCUAAUAAAAGCUCAGUUUAUUCCAAAAAGUAAAUCAUAUCAUCCUAGUAGGAUGUGACCCCUUUCUUCAACCGUUUCCAGGCCCUCCUCAGACCUAUUUCAAGCCAAACCACCCCUGUAUUCUUUCCCUGCACCAUUAUCAUCUCCAUCACCACCCUCCUCUCCUUUCCUUUCCUUUCUCUGUUCCCUCUCCUUCCUUUUCUGCUCUGUCCUCUCAGCCUUGCUCUCAAGCUGUGAUUUAUCCCCUGCCUUGUACUGUCCUGUCACCUGGGUGACCUGGCCAUUCUUCUUCUAAGAAAGAUAACAAGUAUUGUUUAACUGCAAUAACAACAGUAUACUAGUAUACCUACUGAUCCAUGUUUAGUUGUGUUACUGCUACUACUGUAUUAGUUCUAAAAUGGCUACGUUGAAGAGAUUAUAGUUUCCUCAACAGAAGGAUAGUAGAAACAACAUUAUAGUGCCGAAAUAGUCACUAAAGCUCACCUUUGAUUGACCACUCUUUGUUUCUCCAUCUUUCUUUGUGAACAAAUCCAAUGCCUGGACUCGCCAUGCCAUGUCCUCUAGCAAUCCCUCCAUCUUGGCUAGGUAUCUUCCCUCUACUACCAGUUUUCUCUGUCUCCAUAGGAUCUUCCUCUUUCUGAUCUCUCUCCGCUUGUCCUCCAACCACUCCCUCUCUCUCUUUAAUAUUCUGUUACAUUUCUGUUAAAAAAGGGUUAGGUCCUGUUCUUCCCUCAUGUGAUCUCCCCCUGCCUUCUGAGAGCGCUCCACUGUUUGGAAGUCAGUGGGAGUCAGUGCAUGUUCCACUGUUUGGGAGUCAGUGCCAUCUCUCUCCUUUGUAUGGAUCUGUUAAGACAAAAUGAAACGACUAUAAGCCUAUAUGGAAAGUUUAGCCGAGACCACUUUCACAUUUGCCUUCACUUGAAACAGAGCAGAAAGGCGAAUCAGAAAAUGCCAGUGUUUACCGAAGUUGGGCAGUGGUGUCUGGUCCUGGAACGGCCUCUCUCAUGGCUGACAAUUUUCUUGUCAUCCUGAAAAAAGAAAAGGUUUCCAAAUAAUCAUGCAAACAAGACCAUUACAUUGAUCAAGAAAGACACACUGCGUCCGCGAUUCAUUACAUUCCCCUCUGCCUUCUGUGGGUGUUCCACUGUUUGGGUCACAGAGUCAGUGCCGUCUCUCUCCUGUGUACGGAUCUGUUAGGACAAAUGGAACAACACUUAGCCUAUAUGGACAGUUUAGCCAAGACCACUCUCACAUUUGCGUUCACUUGAAACGUAUCUGAAAAACGUAUCAGAAAAUGUCAGUGUUCAUUCAUACUGUAUUAACCAGUGAUAAAUGGGCUGGUUUACCGAAGUUGGACAGUGACGUCUGGUCCUGGAUCUGCCUCUCUCACGGCAGACAGUUUUCUCGUCGUCCUGAAAAAGAAAGUUUUAUCAAACAAGACAUGACAUGGUCAGAAUAUUGGCAUAUGGCAUGAGAUGAAGAAUUUGAGAUUAGUGUAGUGUGUUUUUAAAGCUUUUUUGUACGUUUUUGUUACUCAAGUUAUUGCAUUCUUUGAGGGAUAGACACACUCCGUCCGCGAGUCAUUACGUCCCUCUCUGCGUUCUGAGAGUAGUCCACUGUUAGGGACACAGAGUCAGUGCCGUCUCUCUCUUUUGUAUGGAUCUGUUAAGACAAUGAAACAACUGUUAGCCUACAUUGAAAGUUGAGGCGGAACCUGGUGUAAAAAAAAUUAAUAAUAACUUUUCUGAAAAUGUCAGUGUUCAUCCAUACUGUAUUAACCAAAGAAUGUAAGGGCUGGUUUACCAAAAUUGGGCAGUGCCGUCUGGUUCUGGAUCUGCCUCUCUCACCGCAGACAGUUUUCUCAUCCUCCUGAAAAAAGAAAAUGUUUUAUCACCAAGAACAUGACAUGGCUCAAUAAUAGUUAGCAUAUGGCAUCAGAUUAAGAAAUCUGAGAUUAGGCUAUCGCGUUAAAACAACAUUUUCAUAGAAUUCUUCUUCGAGGGACAGACUCACUCCGUCCACGAUUCAUAACGUCCUCCUCUGCCUUCUGAGGGUGUUCCACUGUUUGGGUCACAGAGUCAGUGCCUUCUCUCUCCUUUGUAUGGAUCUGUUGAGACAAAAUUCAACAACUCUCAGCCAAGACCACUCUCACAUUUGCCUUCAUUUGAAACAGAACUGAAAAGCUUAUCACAGAACAUCUGUGUUACUAAUAAGUACAAUCUUAUGUAUUGGCUGGUUUACCGAAGUAGGGCAGUGGCAUCUAGUCCUGGAUCGGCCUCUCCCACGGCUGACAAUUUUCUCUUCGUCAUAAACUGCCCUUCUUCGGGACAUGGACACACUUAGUCCUCGAUUCAUUGCUUUGUUGAACAUAGGGUCCAAGGAAUGUGAAAAAUCAGCUCGAAAAUAUCUGCAGAAAUAGCAAGGUUGUCUCUUCAAAGGAAUAUUUCACAGACUGACAAUUUUGGAAUAUGAUGUUCCAUUGAUUUUGUUUGAUGAUGAUAUAGUAAUCAUCACUAUGGUAACUCAGAACUCAUCUGAUUAUGAUCAUGAGUGAUGACAUCACAAUGACAAGCCAGUGAGGCCACCAGUAAGGAGUAUGUUGCUAAUUCUAUCGUUGCUACCACAAAAUCUAAUUCUAGAACCAAAUGGGCUGGAAUAUUUUUAAUUCCACAAAAUGCCAUGGCCUAAGGUAGCUGACAAGUUUCAGAAAUACACACUCACAAUGAAAUGUAUAUCAAGUGUGAUAUAUGAACAGUGACAAAUAGAUAAAUACCAACUAUUUGUUGCUUGGGUUGUGUGUAGUUAUUUACCAAUGCAGCUAUUCAAUAUCAUGCUUGCCUACCUCAAUUACAAGUUUUAAAUUGGCCCACUAUAUAGACUUUGUCUGCGACAGCAGCAAGAACCUAUAAAAAUAACAACAAAAACAUUGAGAUGCGAAUGACUCCAGCAUGAACUCGCUCACAGUUUUAAAAUGUUUUAUUUAACGCCACUAUUUCUCACAGUAUCUAGCAUUUGCUAACUGUUUACACAGUUCAAAGCAUCUAGCGUUAGCUGAAUCCUAACUUUUUAACUGUGUCUCCUCUUCCCGCCCCAGGUUUAUGGUGCCGCCAUCCAGUUCUACGAGGCGUUCCCACGGGAGUGCCUCUCGGAGCGGCAGAGCGUGCGUCUGGGCCUGGUGAGCGUGGUGGACCGGCGUCCCAUCACCAACCGCACCCUGCAGGUGAAGAAGAGCGUGUGUGUUCUCUCCCACUGGCCCUUCUUCACCGUUUUCCAGAAGUUCCUCACCUUCGUCUACCGAUACUCCAUCUCCGGACCCCACGUGCUGCCCCUCGAGAAGUCAGUGGCCCUCAAUGGCAAAUAUCACCUAUGUGUCUUUAUAAACCUAAACUUGCUAAUCUACUGGCUAACAUACCGUAGGCCUAUAAGCUAUUGAUUCAUGUUAUGGUUGGUUGUUUGGUUGAUUUAUUAGCAUGAACUCUGCUCUCUCCAGGCACAUCUCCAGCUUCAUGCACAACGUCCCGUUCCCCUCCCCUCAGCGGCCUCGCAUCCUAGUGCAGGUAUGGAUACUUGUCUUUAACUCAAUUCACAUUCUCUCUGAUCUUUAUUCCUUUUUAACACAUCAAAGCACUUUAAAGCAUCAGAAGAGUGGAAUGGAAAACCUUGCUAAGCACUGAUUUAGCUCAGGGCAAUACAGAAGGCAGUAUUAAAACACCUAAUUCAAGUAAGGCAUGACUGUGAUUAUUAGUUGAGUCAGGUGUUUUAGUGCUAGUUUAGAACAAUACCUGCUUGCUCUGUGUGUGUGCUUGUAUGUGCCUGUUUGUGAGUUACAAGUGGAACCUCCGCUUGAGUUCUAUUUGAACUUGACACCAGUAGCAUUGUGGUGUUUUACACUAAAGAUUUGACUUCCUCCCCCACAGGAAAUGGCCGUUGAAUGAAUUGAUGGUUUCACUGGUUAGUGUGUGAAGAUGGACUGGGUAAAAAUAACACCCAAUCAAAACAAUCUAUAAUAUACUGUGGAUAUAAAAUUAUUUCACAAAACACUGAAUGAUCCUUCCGGCUCUAGAAAGUAGAGACGAUUGUUUAAGUAGUUUGGGGAUUUCUAGAAAACUCAAAUCGAGUCAAAUGGGGCUUUUCAAACUUGAUUCCUAAUGGCUUGUUUCAAAUCAACAGAUAUCAAUUUGGUGAAUGGUGGUCUAUGAAAUUGAAGCAUGGCUAAACUUUCUUCCUUAGACCUAUAGAUUAUUGUCCACCAUGUUGGUUUGUUAAUGAAAACUGUGUGUGUGUCAUUUCAGCUCUCCCCCUAUGACAACCUUCUACUGUGUCAGCCCGUCUCCUCCCCCUUACCACUCAGGUCAGUACAGUAAAUCUGCAUUAGAUUGAGUCACAAUAAACUGUGUGGUGUAAUGCGUUAUUGUGCGCUAGGCGCUAGCGCUCCAACAAUGCCUUAAUUUCCCCUGAGGGAUUUCUAUUAUCAUAUUGAAGUGAAUCCAUUAAUACAAUAAUGAAUUGAUAAAGAGACUGUUCUUUUCUGUCUGUAGUGGUGCCAGCUUUGUGAAGCUGUUGCAGAACCUGGGCCCUGAGAAUGCCUGUGUCCUGCUGCUGGCCGUGCUGACGGAGCACAAACUAUUGCUCCACUCCCUCCGCCCCGAUGUCCUCACCUCCGUCAGCGAGGCCCUGGUGUCUGUGAGUCACACACACACACACACAUGCAAAACCUACACACACACACACACAACACCACCACACACAAAGACAUAUACAGUGGGGGUAAAAAGUAUUUAGUCAGCCACCAAUUGUGCAAGUACUCCCACUUAAAAAGAUGAGAGGCCUGUAAUUUUCAACUAUGACAGACAAAUUGAAGAAAGAAAAUCCAGAAAAUCACAUUGUAGGAUUUUUAAUGAAUUUAUUUGCAAAUUAUGGUGGAAAAUAAGUAUUUGGUCACCUACAAACAAGCAAGAUUUCUGGCUCUCACAGACCUGUAACUUCUUCUUUAAGGGGCUCCUCUGUCCUCCACUCGUUACCUGUAUUAAUGGCACCUGUUUGAACUUGUUAUCAGUAUAAAAGAUACCUGUCCACAACCUCAAACAGUCAUGCUCCAAACUCUACUAUGGCCAAGACCAAAGAGCUGUCAAUGGACACCAGAAACAAAAUUGUAGACCUGCACCAGGCUGGGAAGACUGAAUCUGCAAUAGGUAAGCAGCUUGGUUUGAAGAAAUCAACUGUGGGAGCAAUUAUUAGGAAAUGGAAGACAUACAAGACCACUGAUAAUCUCCCUCGAUCUGGGGCUCCACGCAAGAUCUCACCCCGUGGGGUCGAAAUGAUCACCUGCAGAGAGCUGGGACAAAAGUAACAAAGCCUACCAUCAGUAACACACUACGCCGCCAGGGACUCAAAUCCUGCAGUGCCAGACGUGUCCCCCUGCUUAAGCCAGUACAUGUCCAGGCCCAUCUGAAGUUUGCUAAAGUGGAUUUGGAUGAUCCAGAAGAGGAUUGGGAGAAUGUCAUAUGGUCAGAUGAAACCAAAAUAGAACUUUUUGGUAAAAAAUCAACUCGUCGUGUUUUGAGGACAAAGAAUGCUGAGUUCCAUUCAAAGAACACCAUACCUACUGUGAAGCAUGGGGGUGGAAACAUCAUGCUUUGGGGCUGUUUUUCUGCAAAGGGACCAGGACGACUGAUCCGUGUAAAGGAAAGAAUGAAUGGGGCCAUGUAUCGUGAGAUUUUGAGUGAAAACCUCCUUCCAUCAGCAAGGGCAUUGAAGAUGAAACGUGGCUGGGUCUUUCAGCAUGACAAUGAUCCCAAACACACCGCCCGGGCAACGAAGGAGUGGCUUCGUAAGAAGCAUUUCAAGGUCCUGGAGUGGCCUAGCCAGUCUCCAGAUCUCAACCCCAUAGAAAAUCUUUGGAGGGAGUUGAAAGUCUGUGUUGCCCAGCGACAGCCCCAAAACAUCACUGCUCUAGAGGAGAUCUGCAUGGAGGAAUGGGCCAAAAUACCAGCAACAGUGUGUGAAAACCUUGUGAAGACUUACAGAAAACGUUCCUAACAAAGGGUAUAUAACAAAGUAUUGAGAAACUUUUGUUAUUGACCAAAUACUUAUUUUCCACCAUAAUUUGCAAAUAAAUUCAUUAAAAAUCCUACAAUGUGAUUUUCUGGAUUUUUUUUCCUCAUUUUGUCUGUCAUAGUUGACGUGUACCUAUGAUGAAAAUUACAGGCCUCUCUCAUCUUUUUAAGUGGGAGAACUUGCACAAUUGGUGGCUGACUAAAUACUUUUUUCCCCCACUGUACGUACACACACUCAUCCUAAUCAAAGAAUGCACUCUAUCCCUCCAGAUGACGUUCCCUCUGCGUUGGCACUGCCCGUACAUCCCCCUGUGCCCGCUGCGGCUGGCAGACGUACUGUGUGCCCCCAUGCCCUUCAUCGUGGGCGUCCACUCCAGCUACUUUGACCUCUAUGACCCCCCUACUGACGUGGUGUGUGUUGACCUGGACACCAACACCAUCUUUCAGUGAGUACACUGACCUUGAAGGAACUGGACCUGAUGCAACUGAUGGAAGAGGAAGCAACAAAAACCAAACAUACAAAGGAUGAAAUCCAUAGUUUUGUGUUCUCUUCUCCUGCAGAGCAGAGGACAAGAAGCCGUUGUCAUGGCGAUCGCUACCAAGGAAGCAUGGCAAGAUGCUGGUGAAUACCCUCACCAACUUGAUGAAGACCCUGGAGAAAAGUGAGUGAUAGCCUACUUAUUCUAAAGCUUAUCUAGGGACUGAUGCUGGAAAAUAAGUACAAGCUAAAACAUAUUGGUGCAAUACAUCUGACUCUGAUAAUUCAAUGUGCCAAUGCUUUGUGUCUUCAGCUAUUUCUCUCUGUCCCUCUCUCCACCACUACCCCAAUUUCCCUCACUUUCUAUCUCUCUCUCCCUCCCCCACACUUCCCCAUCCAUCAGUCUACACCCCAGGCCAAGAGGAGGCCACCCUGGAGUUCCUGCUGACGGACUAUGACCUGAUCUACGGGCGUCAGAAGCAGCUGGAGCUGGAGAUCCAGGAGGCCUUCCUGCGCUUCAUGAGCUGCCUGCUGAGGGGCUACCGCACCUACCUGCUGCCCAUCACCCAGGCCCCCUCAGACAGGACCACCGACUGCAGCUCCCUCUUCAACCUGCAGGGUCAGUGUACACAAAUAUGAUAUAACAUUCAGUACGUGUGUGUGUGGGUGGGUAUUUUACCUCACCUACUUACUAUGUCCACAACCAACACCCUUGUGAAGCUAGUAUUUUAAUGUGUGUCUGAAGUUAACCCCUCCCUGGCUCUUGCAGGCUUCCUGAAGUCUCGUGAACGCACCCACCAGAAGUUCUACAUUCAGCUGACCAGGACCCAGAUGUUCACUCAGUUCAUCGAGGAGUGCUCCUUCGUCAGUGACCGCCACGCCUGUCUCGAGUUCUUCGACGAGUGUGUCCAGAAGGUCAGAAUCACAUCUUCAUGUUUUACAUGUUUAGUGAUACACCAUAUCUUAUGGAAGCCUUAGUGUAUUGAUUCCAAUGCUAAAACCGGAUUUGUAUUUUGUAUUUACACAACUAAUGGAAAUGUGUGAUCCCACUCCUGCCCUCUAUGUUGUCAAUGUUUGUGUAUUCCUGUGUAUGUGACCUGUGUUUGCGGCAUGUAUCUGUAUAUAUAUGUGGUGUGUGUAAGCAGUCGGAUGUGGAGAAGCCUGAGGAGGUGCGUCUGAUAGACCUGGACGAGGCCCACAGUGGGGAGCACACAGUCUUCAUCAUGCCCCCAGAGGAACCCCAGGAGCCAGACGGUUCAGAGUGCCCCACUCACUACAGGUAACACAGGCACUACAUAUACCAGGGUUCGUGUUCACAAAACUUCUCAGAGUAGACCUGAUCUAGGAUCAGUUUAGCCUUUUAAAUCAUAAAUAAUAAGAGGGUUGACCUGAUUCUAGAUGAGCACCUCCACUCGGAGACACUUUGCGAAUAAAGCCCCAGCACUUACAGUAACUACUUUGUGUUUGUUUAUACUGUCUGAUGCUGUGACCAGUGACGGCGUGUUUGUCUGUUUACAGCUAUGAGACGUUCCCUGUGCUCUGCAUGGAUCUUUUUGACCGGCCUCAGGACCAGCUACGUGUCCCUACCAAGGGGAGUGCCCCCAGCAGCCCUGCCCCGCGACGCACUAAACAGGUACAGACCCAAACCCGCCACACCAGAGCCCCUUAAAACACACUACAACCCCACUGAAAGCCAACACAACCCCAGUAGAUCCACUGCACCAAAACUACUAAGAACUAUACAAUAAUAUUAAGAGGCUGACUCACACAGUUUUAAUUUCAAUCUUUAUUAUUUAUUAAGAGCAUUACCCUGCCUGCAAAUCAAAAUCAAAUGUAUUAGCACCAAUCAACUUGAUCUGUUCACGACUCCCAAGUUAGCUUUAUGAUAACCCAAUUUUCCACAGCCAAAGAGGGAACAUGCUUCACUGUUUUUCUGUGCCAUUUUAAUUUAAUGAGCAUAAAUGUUUCAUCCUUCAUUCAAUAUUUAAAAGCAGGAAGCACAGUGGCGGCUGUGUAUUUUGGGUGAAUACCCCAAGCACCCUUCAGGGUUGUUAAGUUUGCCCUACUAGGACACAUAGGAACCACAUUAUUACGGCUUUAGUAAAUCUAGAUUGGAUUAUCUAACUCCUCUGUGUCCCUGUCUCUCCUUUAGGAGAUUAAGCUGGCACAGAAGCGGGCACAGAUAUACUCGGCAGUGCCCGACAUGUGGUCCAAAUGCCUGCUGGGCCACUGCUAUGGGCUGUGGUUCAUCUACCUGCCCACAUUUGUGCGGGCGGAGAGUGCCAAGGUGCGUGCCUUGCAAACGGCCUACGAGGUGCUCAAGCACAUGGAGACCAGGAAGGUGGUACUACCGGAUGAGGUGUGUUACAGGAUCCUGAUGCAGCUGUGUGGGCAGUACGGGCAGCCUGUGCUCGCUGUUAGGGUACUUCUGGAGAUGAAGAAAGCUGGGAUCACACCCAACACCAUCACCUAUGCAUACUACAACAAGGUGAGCCAUUAUUUACAUGAAUUAAAAAAUGAGUUGAACCACGUCUGUGAUCCCAUCUGUAGUGUUGUAUUUUUUCUUUCCAUAUUGACUCACCUCUGGCUCUGCCGUCUCUCCUCAGGCAGUGCUGGAGAGCAAGUGGCCCUCUACCAAUCAGGGCGGCCGUCUGCGCUGGGCCAAGUUGCGUAACGUUCUGAUGGCCGUGGCGCAGUUCAGACAGCCAAUCAGACAACGGCAGAAGAGUGGUUCAGUAAGCUCGCGGACAGGUCAGGACAGGACAUAUUUACAUGUUGUUGUUUUUUACUAUUGUUUGUAACAAUAAAUGGUAAUUGAGCCUCAUAUGCAUGGUUUUAAACAAAAUCAUUAUAUAUGUAAAAACAUAGAGGUGAAACAUGUUUUGUCUUUUUAAAAAGAUGUUACAAUGGACAGUAACCAACGGUCCCGCCCACAAUAUAACCUGAUUCGUCAAUCCAGCUGGAGUGGCCUGAGUGAAAGCUCCAGCCACGAAUCGCUGACGGGGUCUAUGGUGAAGAGCAACAGCCUAAACAGCAUGAGAGGCUCAAAAGACAGUGAGUGACAGAUAUCUAUUAUAUGGUAAUAGCACUGUCAUUGGAAUGUUAUAUAAUGUUUAAUAUAACAUAACACUCUCAUCAAACAACUGUGCCUAAUGUUUGGGAACCACCCUCCUAACAAUUUCCACCCCACAGAGUCUAAGCUCUCAAGGAAUGCGGUGUUCCGGAACGCAGGUGCCAAUGGCUGCAGCGACCCCGCCUCCCGUAAGCCCCCCGUGGGGACACGAGACACCUCCACCCCUUCUCCCUUUCCCCCUGGUGGUGUCCUGGUGCGCCGCGACCAGGUGUGCCUGUCCACCUUUUACAAAGACUGUGCCGAGACGGCCGACUCUGAGCCCGACUUCAGCUGCCAGCCUGGGGAGAGAGACGGCAGGUGAGGGGGUGGAGAAGCUUGGGCUGAUAUGUUCUGAUAUGUUUUGGGAUUACAGUUGAAAUAUCACUCUGAUAUACUAUAAGAGUAUGUCUCCCAUUCCUCUGUUCUCAAUGUAGGCCACCUGGGCCUAGAGACACUGUGAGCCGCAAGGCCGUGGACGAGAACUACAACAAUGUGUCACCGCCGAGUCAAGGCAGCCUGGCGGGGAAACUACAGCAGCUGCUCACGCCUACUCGCCAUAGAGUCUCGGGGCGGCGGGCCGCCAGUGUAGACGCCCGGCGCACGGGGGGAGAAAACGGGACGGUGCGCAGGGUGUCGGAACAGAGACAGUCCCGAAAAGCCCAGGUGGCUGAGAGCCUCCUGAAGGCUAAGGAGAGGCUCUACAAUGCUACCUCUGAGGUGAGGGGACAACAUGUGGGUUGUUGUAGCUUAUAGUCUAACUAUACUGUAUUGGCCAACUGAUUUAGUUUACUGGGGUGAAUGCAUUUGCAGAUGUAGGGAGAAAUAUUAAACCUGUCAAAACAUGCUUAAUGUUCCCACAUCGUUUCCCUCUGUAGAGUUCUCUGUCGGUGGGGAGUGACAUUGACCUGCCUGACACCACCAAUUUGGCCUUUCCUCUCCGCAAGUCCUGGGACACCAACCAAGAGGGAGCGGGACUAGAGGUGUUGAUGUCGAGCUGCUCCCUGUGUCGGAGCUGUAACUCCCUGGUCUAUGACGAGGAGAUUAUGGCCGGGUGGACGUCUGACGACUCCAACCUCAACUCCAGCUGUCCCUUCUGCUCGACCACCUUUGUUCCCCUUCUCAACGCUGAGAUCUGUGACCUAGGACCCGUCAGCAGGUAGGACUACUCCUCUCAUCAUAACAUCACCCUCAAAUUUAAGUGCGUCCCAAAUGGCACCCUAUUCCCUAUAUAGUGCACUACUUUUGACCAGGGCCCAUAGAAGUCAAAACAAUCCCUUCAUUUUGACUCUAUUCAUAUUAAAUCUGUCUAUUCAGGGCCAUAUACAGUCCUUACCAUAUGUAUUUGGAAAGUGAAGCUACGGUUUUACUGUCUAAAUACAUAUGGUGAGGACUGUAUGAUGUAUGGUGAGGACUGUAUGAUGUAUGUUGAGGACUGUAUGAUGUAUGUUGAGGACUGUAUGAUGUAUGGUGAGGACUGUAUGAUUCUUAAACUGAAUGAACGUUAGACAUUUUUGUCACCCAAUCCCUUCCUUUUGACUAACAUCAAAAAGCGCUCACCACAGCCUGGAGCGUACCAACUGGAACACGGAGGAGGUGGAGAGUGCCGCCAAGCCCCCUGGUGGCCAGGAGGCCAUCCUGGGUCACAACGGUGUGAGUGAGGACUCCAGCUCUGAGUCCAGCAGCUAUUCUGAGAGCAGCAGCGCUACCACGGUACUCUACCAACACUAGUUUAUUUUUCAUCUUUAUCUGUCGGCUUCUGGGAAAUAUUCAGUCUAUAACCACAGUUAACGUGUUAUUGACUCCAGGGUUUGUCGGUGGGCGGGUCACCCCAGGUGACGGUAGCCUACCUGAGCCCGUUGGUGCUUCGCAAGGAGCUGGAGAGCCUGCUGGAGAACGAGGGCGAGGCGGUGCUGGCACAGGGCCAGCUCCUGGACAGCCACUCCAUCAUCUUCUGGAACCUGGUCUGGUACUUCCAUCGCCUGGGCCUGCCCAGCAACCUGCUGCAGCUGGUCAGCUCCUCACCGCUGGCCAACCAACUAGCACAGGUAACUCCGCUCCCAGGCUUCUCUUGGGGCCUAGUGAUUAAUUAUUAGCUUUAGUAUAUCACAAUACAUAAUGUCCUCAUACUAAUGUUGAGCUCCUGUCUGUGUGUAUGUCAGACUUCAGAGAACUCAGCAGUGAGGGUGAGGCUGUUGUGGGACACACUGACCCCUGACACAGACCACUGGCCCCCCACUCUACAUCCUAUGGAGGAUACACAGUAAGAUACACACAUUAUUCACAUGGAAAUGGUCAGAUGAUACAGGUUCAGAUCCUUUCAUGAAUUACAUAUCUCUCUCUCUCUCUCGCUCGCUCUCUCAGGUGGCGUACCCAUGCGGAACCACAGCUGGCGGAGGCACAACCACCCCUUCACCCUUGUCUUCCUGGAGGAAGUGCUGCGCUGGGUCGGCAUGAACGAGGUACACAAGGGAAUCACCCUCUUCCUGGAAACCAUCGCCAAGCAACCAGGCACGCCCAAGAUACAAAGGUGAGUGCAGGAAAUGGCCUCUGAAUCAUCAAUUGUUGAUUACAUUUUUUGUUUGUGUGAGUAAUACAGUGCCUUCAGAAAGUAUUCACACCCCUUGACUUUUUCCACAUUUUGUUGUUAAAAUUGAUUACAUUUAGAUUUUUAAAAAAUGUCACUGGCCUACACACAAUACCCCAUAAUGUCAAAGUUAAAUUAUGUUUUUGAAAAUUCUAGAAAUUAAUUAAAAUUGAAUAGCUGAAACGUCUUCAGUCAAUAAGUAUUCAACCCCUUUGUUAUGGCAAGCCUAAAUAUACUGAACGAAAAUAUAACCUCAACAUGUAAAGUGUUAGUUCCCAUGUUUCAUGAGCUGAAAUAAAACAUCCCAGAAAUGUUCCAUACGCACAAAAACCUUAUUUCUCUCAAAUUUUGGGCACAAAUUUGUUUACCUCCCUGUUAGUGAGCAUUUCUCCUUUGACAAGAUAAUAUAUCCACCUGACAGGUGUGGCAUAUCAAUAAGCUGAUUAAACAGCAUAAUCAACACACAGGUGCCACUUGUGCUGGGGACAAUAAAAGGCCACUCUAAAAUGUGCCGUUGUCACACAACACAAUGCCACAGAUGUCUCAAGUUUUGAGGGAGCGUGGAAUUGGUACGCUGACUGCAGGAAUGUCCACUGUUGCCAGAGAAUUGAAUGUUCAUUUCUCUACCAUAAGCCGCCUCCAGCGUCGUUUUAGAGAAUUUGGCAGUAUGUCCAACUGGCCUCACAACCGCACACCACGUGUAUCCACGCCUGCCCAGGAACUCCACAUCUGACUUCUGAUGAGUAUUUCUGUCUGAAAUAAAGCCCUUUUUGAGGGGAAAAACUCAUUCUGAUUGACUGGGCCUGGCUCCCAUGUGGGUGGGCCUAUGCCCUCCCGGGCCUAUGCCCUCCCAGGCCCACCCAUGGCUGCGCCCCUGCUGAUUUAUUUAUUUCAAUUGACUGGUUUCCUUAUAUGAACUGUAACUCCGUAAAAUCAUUCAAAUUGUUGCAUGUUGCGUUUAUAUUUUUUACAGUAUAUGUUCAGGAGUAAAAAUCUGCUGAACAAGUCACAUAAUAAGUUGCAUGAAUAGUGUUUAACAUGAUUUUUAGUACCUCAUCUCUGUACCCCACACAUACAAUUAUCUGUAAGGUCCCUCAGUUGAGCAGUGAAUUUCAAACACAGAUUCAACCACAAAGACCAGGGAGGGUUUCCAAUGCCCUGCAAAGAAGGGCACCUAUUGGUAGAAAAUAAAUAAAUAUGACAUUGAAUAUCCUUGAAGUUAUUAAUUACACUUUGGAUGGUGUAUCAAUAAACCCAGUCACUACAAAGAUACAGGUGUCCUUCCUAACUCCCUAAGUUGUCGCAGAGAAAGAAAACAACAAGGCAUUAAAGUAAUACUGCAAAAUAUGAUGUGGCAAAGCAAUUAACUUUUUGUCCUGAAUACAAAGUGUUAUGUUUGGGGCAAAUCCAAUACGACACAUUACUGAGUACCACUCUCCAUAUUUUCAAGCAUAGUGGUGGCUGCAUCAUGUUAUGGGAAUGCUGGUAAUCAUUAAGGACUGGGGAGUUUUUUAGGAUAAAAAAUAAACGGAAUGGAGCUAAGCACAGGCAAAAUCCUAGAGGAAAACCUGGUUGUCUGCUUUUCACCAGACACUGGGAGAGGAAUUCACCUUUCAGCAGGAUAAUAACCUAAAACAGAAGUCCAAAUCUACACUGGAGUUGCUUACCAAGAAGACAGUGAAUGUUACUGAGUGGUCGAGUUACAAUUUUGACUUAAAUCUAUUUGAAAAUCUAUGGCAAGACCUGAAAAUGGUUGUCUAGCAAUGAUCAACAACCAACUUGACAGAGCUUGAAGAAUUUUGAAAAGAAUAAUGGGCAAAUGUUGCACAAUCCAGGUGUGAAAAGCUCUUCGAGACUUACCCAGAAAGACUCACAGCUGUAAUCGCUGCCAAAAGUGCUUCUACAAAGUAUUGACUCAGGGGUGUGAAUACUUAUGUAAAUUAGAUAUUUCUGUAUUUCAUUUUCAAUAAAUUGGCAAACAUUUCUAAAAACAUGUUUUCUCUUUGUCAUUAUGGAGUAUUGUGUGUAGAUGGGUGAGAAAAAAAUAUAUUUAAUCCAUUUUAAAUUCAGGGUGUAACACAACAAAAUGUGGAAGAAGUCAAGGGGUGUGAAUACUGUACUUUCUGAAGGCACUGUAUUGGUUAUGUGAUUGCACAAUUGUGAUCGACAGUACUUUGUGUUGUUUGUCCAGGAGUCUGUACAGAGAGAUGCUCUUCCUCACGCUGGCUGCCAUGGGUAGAGAUCACGUUGGUAAGCAGCCUCUUUAAGACAGUUGGAAUAAUAGAAUACUAGAACUUCACUAUAGUUUCAGACCAACCAGGCUUAUUGCUUACAGCACUUUCUCUGUCUUUUAGCUGCGUUUGAUAAGAAAUACAAGGCUGCGUACCAACGGCUGAGUGGCUCCUUGGGUCGCGAGGAACUCCGCAGGAAGCGAGCCCAGCCACCUAGCCCCAAGGCUGUGGACUGCAGACGGAGCUUCCUGCUGCCCCUCGAGUGCUGAUACCAGCUCCAGCCUCCACCCACUCCAAUUCUGGCCCCAUUGCUGCUGCCUCCGCUCCCCGGAACACUGAUACCAGGCUGCCAAGAAGAAGGGAUGAGAAAAGCUAGACAGAAAACAACAGACAAAAUAAUUCUGCCUUCACAUUUCACUUUGGACCUUCUCCGCUGUGUUUCCCCCUAGCACAGCCUGGCCACACUAUAAAAGCCCUCCUGACCGUGCAACUAUACCUCACUAUCCUUGUUUGUGUGAACCCGAUAUCUACAUUUGACCUUCAUUCACUUCCAUUGUGCAACUGGCCUUUGGACAGCUUCCUCAACAACUAACCACAACCCUCUCGGCCUAUAGUUUGGCUACAGGGAUUAUUGGACCUGGUACAUACAACCCAGCCCCCUUGGACUUUGCUCAUUGCUCGUAUAUACAUGGCCUCUGCCUCACCAAUAUAACUCGUACUGGUUUGUAGGUCAUAAACCAUGCAUUUCAUACGUAUGCAACAUGUAAGGCAUAUUACCGACCUGCAAUCUAUGCAUUCAAUGUGAACAUAUUCUAUAACUUGCAUUGCUUUCAGACAGAAAAUCUCAUAAGAGUGGGAGAUGUCUAGUGAUCCGUGAUGUGAAGUGUCAAUAUCGAAAUUGAACACAAAGUACAUUGGAAGGGUACAUACCAAUCACACACAGUUACAGUCAAAAUCUUUAGAUUAGAUUGCACUUCAUGCCUCUUUUGCUCUUUUUCACCCUCUGGAAUGAAUUCUGUCAACUGGACCUUGGUGGUAAAGUCUAUCACUUUGGGCUGAGACCGCUUCAGCAAGUCUCAGCCAAUCCAAACGAGGAUGUUUACUCUGGGAGAGGAUUAUGUUGAUUAUCGGUCUUGGGAGCAGAUG